ACGUUCUUCUAACCCAGCAGGGAGUAGCAUGGCUCGAUCGCUCAACUUCGUCCUCCUGCUGGGACUCAGCACCUUGCUCCUCCUUUCACCUUCGUGGCUGCUGCAAGGAGAGGCCGCCACGCAGAUCAUUCCAUGGGAUCUGAACUGGACGAAGCGCGUGCACCUCCCGCAGAUUUUUAUCG